AUGGCUACGGAAGAUGAUAACUUCGAUAUUGACAUCUAUGGGGAUGGAGGAAAUGAGCAGGGAGAUCAGAACCACGACGACUCAGAGCUUGUGCUAGAUGCUCCGGAACCUACGCCUCAGAAGGCUCAAUCAGGGCCCCAGACCCAGCCUGCGCCUAAGGCGCCUUCGGAAAGUGUGGCACAAAUGAAGCCUCAAUCCCAACCAGUCCCUUCGUCGAAUGGAGAUCACGAUAUGUUGCAGCACAACACCCCGCAACAAGGUGUCCCGACUCCUCAGCAAGGCGUGAAGCGCAAAGAAUACGAUGAUCGCCCGAUGGAUGACGCUGCUACGACAGCUCUUCUCAUCUCAGACCUUUUCUGGUGGACAACUGACGAUGAUGUCCGCGGCUGGGCAGCUGAUGCUGGUUGCGAACUUGAGCUUAAAGACGUGACCUUCAGCGAGCACAAGGUCAACGGCAAGAGUAAAGGCCAAGCUUUCGUGGAAUUCACCACUCCCCAGGCUGCCACGGCUGUUAAGCAUAAGAUCGAAGAAUUCGGUCUAACAGGCCGGAAGUACAUGGUCAACUACACCAACCCUCACAGUAACCCCUUCCGGACCCUCCCCAAGGACGCCCCAAUGCGUAAAGAUGGCAAUCGAGGACCUGGCGGCGGCUUCAACGCCGGCGGCAAUAACAACAACAUGAACUUCGGCAUGAACAACAACAUGGGCGCUGGUGGCUUCCGCGGUCGUGGUGGCUACAACAACCGAGGUAAUUUCAACAACCGAGGCGGCAUGAACAAUUUCAACCCGAUGGGCGGCUUCCAGGGCGGUGCUGCUCCCGGCGGGAAUAUGAUGGGCGGCUUCCAGGGUGGUCCUAUGGGUGGUGGCAUGCAGAACUACGGCUUUCACAACCGCGGCGGCAUGAUGGGUGGCGGCAUGCGCGGCGGACCUGGUGGUAUGCGCGGUGGCCGUGGUGGAAACAUGGGCGGGAACAUGAUGGGCAUGCCUGGUAUGAACCCGAUGGGCGGGAUGGGUAUGAACCCCAUGGCUGGCGGUAUGAAUCCUAUGAUGGGUAUGGGUGGAAACAUGGGCAUGCAAGGUCAAGGAUUCCAAGGCCCCAACCCUGCGUUCAACCAGGGUUUCUUCAAUAACCAGGGAGCUGGAGCUGGAGACGCAUCGUGGAACCCCCAUGGUGCGAAGCGCAGUCGACAGGAGUAA